GGUGAGGCUCCUGGCUUUUGGAUCGUGUCGGUCUUUUCUCCGCAGCUCUGGCCUCACGCUCUGCGUCUAGACUGACCAUGGCUGGUUUGCCGCGAGCCGCGCUGCUCCUGCUGGCCGCGCUGGCAGUGGCCCUAGCCGUGAGCUCCGCGGCCCGCUUGGUAGGCGGCUGGAUGGACGCCCAAGUCAACGAGGAGGGCGUGCAGCGCGCGCUGGACUUCGCCAUAAGCGAGUACAACAAGGCGAGCAACGACAGGUACCAAAGCCGCGCGCUGCAGGUGAAGAACGCCCGCAAGCAGGUCGUGGCUGGGAUGAACUACGCGCUGGAAGUAGAGAUUGGCCGGACCACGUGUACCAAGUCCCAGCCCAAGUUGGGCGACUGUCCCUUCCAUGAGCAGCCACAUCUGCAGAGGAAAAUGCUCUGCUCUUUCCAGAUCUACAGCAUUCCCUGGCAGGGCAAAAUGACCAUGACAAAGUACAGUUGUGAGAACGCCUAGGGGUCUGGCUGCACCGAUCACAUCACUUCUUCCCCACGUCCUGUAUCUCCUGCUGGUGUCCUGCCCUGGGAUGGAGCCCCGCCCCACCCACCCCCAACCCCCACACAGGUCUCCCUGUGCACCAGCUCUGGGAGGCAGGAAGAGGAGGCUUCCCGGGGCCUAUGCUGAGCAGUCACGUGGCUCUACAUGUGACUCAAAUUUGCCAGACCAUGGUGCACACACUCACCCUCACCUGCUUCAAUAAAAAGUAGCAAUGGCUCCUUCUUGA